AUGGAGUAUGCAGGGAGACCUCCAGAUAAACCUCCAGAUAUUAACAGGAUGGAUCAAGAUGAUAAUAUAGAGAAAAGUGACAUCAAUAUAAAUAACACAAGGGACGGUAAAUCAAAAAAUAAAGGAGAAACUGUAAGUAAUAAAUCUGAUAAUUCUACAGACAAUAUGAGAGAACAUUUCCUAUAUCAGAGCAGUGACGUAGGACCUUUCCAUGCAUAUAUAGAAAAUAAUACUCCGAACUUUAAAGGUCAGCUUAAUGCUAUCAAAAUUGGCGACAUUAUACUCUCUAAUUUUUCGAAUUUAGAUAACAAAAUUACUAGUAUUGAUUCAAUAGGCAAGAAUAGAAUUAGAAUUAAAUUUAAAGAUUACCAAUCAGCCAAUUUUUUAAUCAAUCAAAAAGCUUGCUCAUUGUUUACAAACAACAAUUUAGAUGUUUACGUUCCGAAGUUUAUACUCCAUAGACAGGGUAUAAUUAGGGACAUAGAUAUAGAAUUUUCAGAAGAUUAUAUCAAAAAUAAAAUUAAACAAUAUGAUAUGCACUGUAAGUUCGAAGUAGUUUCGGUUAGAAGAAUAAAUAGAAAGGUAGAGAAACAUAUCGAAGAUAAAACAAUAAUAGACAAAGUUUCAACAAAAUCAUGUAUUGUUAAUUUUAAAGCACAAACUCUUCCUAAAUAUAUCACAAUUAAUAAAGUGAUCAAAGACGUUGAACCCUAUGUUCAAAAAGUUCUAUUAUGUUUCUCUUGUCUCCGUUUUGGACACCUUGGAUUUAAUUGUAAAGCACGUCCCAGGUGCAACAAAUGUCAUGAUUUCCAUAAUACAAAAGAUUGUACAGUAAAUGAAUAUACUCCAACUUGUUUCAGCUGUCAAGGUAAUCAUUUGACUACACACCUAAGUUCAUGUCCUGAAUUUUCUAGAGAGAAACAAAUUAAGAAUACGAUGUCAUCAUUAAAUCUAAAUUUCUUUGAUGCAUGUAAACAAAUUCCGAAAGUUUCAUAUGCCAAUAUUGCUGCCAGAAAUAGCAGUUCUUCCUUACCAACCAAUUCUAAUCAGAAUGAGCAAUCUUAUCAAGUAAUUCCAAAUCAAUCAGCUUCAUCAUCAAAGAAAUUCUCCUCACAAAUGUUCUUCAGCAGUAAUAACCCAGAAAAAAUAAAUUUUAAGCGACACCGGCCAAGUUCUCCCAAUCCUUUGGAAUCAGCUAGAAAAGAAAUACUUUCUCAAGAAAACAUUCCUAGACAAAAAGGUGGUAUUUAUAAUACGUCUAAAUAUACAGAGCAUACAAAUACAACAAACUUGCAAACACAAGGAGUACCAUCACAAUUAAAUAAUAGAAACUUCAGAGCGUUCCGCCAAUUAGUAAACCAAGAACCAAAACCGAUCCUCGGCGUUUUUAAAAAAGAAAAGAAAUGGAAAAAGCCAAUCGAGGUGUACGGACCUGAAGGCAACGACGCGUCGUAUGUGAGUCGCGUGGCGUCGUCCAAGAAAAGAAGGGGAUGUGUUAAAACGACGCAAGUAGGGCGUCGGAGGUUCUUGGUUGUUCAAGCUGCAUAUGCCGCCUCAUGGAGGCGCUGCCAUCACCUAUUAGCAAUCAUCAACACUUUUAGUUAA